UUGAAAAUACAUUGGUGCGCGUGUCUUCUCCACAUAGUUAGUAAGCAUGUAAAGCCCAGGACACACGGGAGGGAACGCGCGCUCACUUAUCUGCGAAUUCAAACUUUAUUCUCUCUUUCCCUCUCCGCUAUCACACACUCUCACCCCUCAGAUCCAUCUCCACAAACCCUAAAUUUCUCCUUCCGACAUUCGGAUACUGCAACCUUUGUCUCAGCGUAUGAACGAGGAUUGCAAUUCUGGAACAGCGUCGAUGAUGUCCUCCCCCACGAAUUCCAAGAUCGCGGGAGAGAAGCGAGGAAGCACUCACGCCGAACACAACACUCGUAAACGAGUCAAGAUAAAAGAUCUUGACUCCCUUGUUAACUCAGCGGAAACUAGUAGCGGUUAUUCGGAGUUUAAAACCAUCAAGGAAAACAAUGUGCAAUGGUCGUUGGGUGCCUCGGAGUCUUCUCAACAAGGGAAUAUAGGAAGGAACGCGUGUCCGGAAGUGGUGAAUUUUGCGGCUAGUCCUUUGGAUCUUAACGCUGAAGCAUGCAAGAGCGGGGGCAAUGUUGAGAAUUUUUCCGAAGAAUCUUUGACUGAGAAGCAAGGAAAAGGACAUGAUAAUUUAGUAGUUUCAAGGGGAAUUAAUGUGGAUCUGAAUGCAGAAGAUGUUUCAAGCUCAGUGAAUUUGGAACCUGCAAGUUCCUCUAGAGGGCGCAAUCCUCUUAAGAUGAAGGAUGUAUCAGAGAGUGGAAGCUGUGUGGGACCUUUGGAGGAGAAAGAUCCAAUGACGAAAUGGCAGCAAAUGAAGGAGUAUGGAUUUUGGUCACCCUCUCACGCAGGUAUUCCAAAGCCGAAACAACGUGGGAGGAAAAGUAAGAGUGAAAUUCUCAAGAAAAAGAUGGAACUUGCAAAGAGGGAACAGGUUAACCGGUUUACCAAGAUUGCUGCUCCAAGUGGACUGCUGAAUGAGUUGAACCCUGGAAUUAUAAAUCAUGUGAGGAAUAGAAAACAAGUGCUUUCAAUUAUUGAGAAUCUUGUAAGGUCUGAAAAACAUGAAAGCACAAGCAUGCCGAGCAAGCAAGCAGCACAUCGAAUACAUGGAAGUUUAGACGUUAGUAAGAGGGAUCAAGACAAUGUGGCAGAUGAGGAAGGGGUCCUACAUAGCUCUUCAGGGCACAAACAAGCAAGAAAGUUUCCUGUGACAGCGAAUGAUUCUUCUUCCCUGAUUUUGGAGGGUAAAGUUCGUGAUCAUGACGCUAGCACAGUAGAGAAAGGGAGUCUUAAAAGUUGUAUGACACAGUCAACAAAUGUUAUGGAGGAUAAUGUUUUGGCACUGAAAUUGUCAUCUGAAACUAGGGCAUCGACGAGUUCUACCAAUUUGUCAAACGACGAAUCUUCUAAUGUCACAACAGUUUCAUCUCUUUCUCUAAAAGCUGCUACUGUUGCUUCUCAAUGGUUGGAGCUUCUGCAUCAAGAUAUCAAAGGACGCCUUUCAGCUUUGCGACGAAGUAGGAGGAGAGUUCGAUCUGUUAUCACUACUGAGUUACCAUUCCUUAUAUCGAAGGAAUUUGCUAAUAACCAAGAUUGUGAUCCUUACAUUAUGAAAAUGUUUGCGGGACUACCCACUAGCCAAAUUGCAGAUUUGCAUGGGGCAAGAUGGACUGCUUUGUUUAAUCAUAUGGAUGAAGCACUUUCAAAAGAGGAAAAACAACUAGAGUGUUGGUUGAAUCAAGUGAAAGAAAAGCAAUUGCUGUGUGACCAGGGCAUUCAACAUGUAAACUGGAGUGUGGCUUUUGGUUUACAACAGCUGGGAAAUUCUGAAAACAACUCCAGAGCAUCGACAUUUAAUAGCUCCGAGAAAGAGUUAGCGGUGAAUGCGGCUGCAGCUUCCAUAUAUUCAACAUGUAAUUUUCUACUGUCCGAGAGCUAACCUGUAUCUGACUUAGAGUUCAUGCAUCUUCUAAUUAUUUCAUAUCUUUCAAUUUUUCGUAAUUUAUGAAUUACUAUCAAUUGCUAGAAAAUGUCAUGGACACGUAGAAAAACUAAAAUAUAGGCCCCAGUGUAUGAAAGAAUCUUGAUAAUUAUGAUUGUAAUUUAAGUUGUGGAAUAUAAUUUAUUUUGCUUGUCAGUAAAUUUGAAUUUUUAUAUCU